AUGAAUGAAAAUUGUAGCCCCUGUUCAAAUUGUAACUAAUUAAUUGCAGAUACUAAACUAAUUCUUCAUGAAACUUAUUGUAUACGUUACAAUAUUAAAUGUGAAAGAUGUGGGUAAUAUUAUGACAAAAAUGAUCCUGAAUCUCAUGAAGAAGAUUACCAUAAAAAAGAAAAAUGCUAGUAUUGUUACUAAGAAUUUGAUGGUUAUCAUAUUGUUUUGAUUUCCUAGAUUUAUCUAAACAUAAAUGCCAAAAAACGCCUAAAUUAUGUUUGUAUUGUGAAUUAAGUUAUCCUAUGGAUUAAAUAUUUCAACAUGAAAAUCAAUGUGGAAGCAGAACUGAAAAAUGUUAAAUGUGUUAGAAUUACAUAAUGAAAAGGGAUUUAAGUAAACACUAUCAAAAUUGCAGUUAAUAAAUAGAAGUAAAAGAGAAACAAAUUCAAAGACAAUCAUCUUUUUAAGAUAAAGUUUAAAAUUUAAAUAAUGAGAUUAUUGAAGUAGAUUAAUAACAUAAAAGUUAAUAGAAAUAAUCUAAUAUAGAUACAUAGCCAUAAUAGAUUAAAAUAUAAAAAUAAGUUCCUUAAUAGUAAUAAUAAUAAUAAUAAUAAUAAUAAUAAUAAUAAUAAUAAUAAUAAUAAUAGUAAUAAUAAUAAUAAUAGUUAAUAAACAAAUUACCAUAAAAAGAGAUAAAUUUUGGAUAAUUUCAUAAAUAAACACUUUUAAAACAUUAAGUAUUUCAGGAUAAUAAAAAAAAAGAAUAAAUUGGAAUUGAUAAAUAAUUAAUUAAUAAACCUAAUAGACCUCCAUCAUCAAAUUCAUUAUUAGGUUCAAGACAUAACAAUAAAAAUACUAAACCCUCUACAUCUUAAAAUAGAAUAAGGUAAUAGAGUAAUAAUAAUAAUAAUUAAAAAUUAGUAAAUCCAAAAGGAGAAGUGAAAAAUCUUGAACUCUAAUUUGAAAAAAAAUAAUUAACAUCUAAGACAAAGAAUUCAAAUUUACCUCCAUUAGGAAAAUAAAUUUAGAAUCCUAAAAGAAAUCUCGAACAUAAAAAUAACAACUAAGAUGUAAGAACAUAAAGUCUUUAGUCAAGAUAAUAAUCUAAAAGGAGUAAUUAAAAUAUAACAGUAAAAAAAGAAUAAAUUGAAAUAGAAGGAUUAAAAUUUUCAGAAGAUGAAUUAAUGCAAUAAAAGUUAAUCUAUGAAUAAUUAAAAUACUAAAAAAGAGAUUUAAAUAUGAAAGAAUAAUAGUAACACUUAGUUAAAAGAUAAAAUUCAAAUUCCAAGCCGAAAGUGUCAAUAGACCAUUCAGAAGUUGUAGACUAAGAGAAUUUUGAUUAAUUUAUGAGUCCAGAAGAACGGGCUAUGCAAUAAUUAAUAUUGGAUAACUAUAAAUUGAAUUCGAAAAAAUAAUGA